CUCCAGCCCCGCCCCUUCCUGCGCACGUGUGGGCCCUGGGAGCGCUUCUGCUGUCCGCGGGUGUCUUUCUGCCAAGUCCCCAGGUGUGGAUCCCGGCGCGCCUCCGCCCUCUCGGCCAUGGGGGUCCCCAAGAGGAAGGCCCCGGUCGGCCAGGACGGCGCGGCUUCCCCCGAGGGCGCAGGCAAGAGGGCCCGCGCCGAAGAGCUCACGGGCGUGCACUUCAAGGCUCAGCUGAGGAACCCGCAGGGCGCCGCGCAGGCCUUGGAAUCGUUUGUCUCUGCUGCCAAGAAGCUACCGCGAGAAGACGCGUAUGAUGUCGUGGAAGGGUACAUCAAGAUUUCUGUUGAGUGUGCAGAGAUUUUCCAGCUCCUGAGUGGGGAGAAGCGACCUGAAAGUGAGAUGCUAUUAAUAUUUCAAGCUUUUGAGGCCAUAUUAUUGCGGACAGCAAGUGACCUUUCCCAUUUUCAUGUUGUGGGGACCAACAUUGUGAAAAAGCUAAUGAAUAACCACAUGAAGCUCAUCUGUGAGUCCCUGUAUGCCUCAGGUUACAGGAUGGCUCGAGCUUGCCUGAACCUGAUGGCCGCCAUGGUGACCCAGGGUCCUGAGGCCGCCAGAGACGUCUGCAGCCAUUUUGAUUUGAAUAAAAAGACCUUGUACACGCUGGUGACCAAGAGGGAUUCAAAGGGAGUGCACGACGUCCGGCUGGCCUACAUCCAGUUUGCACUCUCCUUUCUGAUUGCCGGUGAUGACAGCACCGUGGUGCAAGUACUGGAGGUGAAAGAAUUUAUUCCUUGCAUUUUUAGCUCAGGCAUAAAGGAAGAUAGGAUUUCUACUGUCAAUAUUUUGUUAUCCACCCUGCAAACAAAGGUAGUUCACAAUAAAAAUAUCACCAAAACCCAGAAGGUGCGUUUCUUCACCGGGCAGUUACUGAACCAUAUAGCAUCUCUCUACAGCUGGAAUGGGAUUGUUGAUGUGGACCUGGAAAAUACCGAGGCUUCUGCUGAAGAUGCAGGGAGAACCAUGAUGAGGGAGCUGGUGCAUCACUUCCUGGUGGAUCUUUGCUGUUCGCUCAAGCAUGGGAUUAAUUUUUAUGAUGCAUCUUUGGGUACCUUCGGCAGAGGAGGAAACCUGACACUCCUGCACUUCCUGUUGGGUUUGAAAACUGCAACAAAUGAUGAGCUGGUGGCUGAACUUGUGGUAAACAUCCUCAAAGUGUGCCCCGACCUACUGAACAAAUACUUCAAAGAAGUGACGUUUUCCUUUCUCCCAAGAGCGAAGUCCACUUGGUCAAAUAAUAUCAAGCUUCUAAACAAGAUCUAUGAGGCCCAGCCGGACAUUUCCCGGGCCUUUCAGACCAGAGAGUUUAUCCCUUUGCCUCGGCUUCUGGCGAUAGUGAUGGUGACCACCGUGCCUCCGGUGUGCAAUAAGCCCAUGUUCACCCAGGCGUUAAACUUGGACAGCAAAUCAGUGAAACACACAGCUUUGUCCCUUGUUUCCUUCAUUCUGAAGAGAGCAUUGAAAACUAUUGACUACUGCCUGAAUAAAGAGGUGUGGCAAGCACCCGGCGUGUACACGGCUGCGAUGAUGGAAGACUUUGUGCGGCUCUUCAGAGAAGCCCUGAGCAAGAUUUUACCAGACCUGAACACCAUCGUGUGGGUCUGGCAGUCACUUAGAAAACAAGAGACAAAACAGGAUGACGAGAAAGGCAAGAAAACGGGCAACAGGAGUCCUGCGGCCUGCGUGACUCCCCAGUGCGACGAUGCAGAAACCGUUCUUCUGAAAGCUGUCCUGCUCCAGGUCAUAUGCCUCUACCAGAAGGCGGUGCCGCAUGUGGUCACACAGUACAACUUCGACUUCAGCAAGCUCCUGAAAGGUGUCAUCUCAGAGCAGGGCCUUCGAGAGGAGGUCCCUCCCAUCCUGCAGCACCACAUUCUGAAGGUGGCCCUGGACCUGCCCACCAGCAAGUUUUUGUGGUUAAAGGGCCAGGAAGGCCCAGAGGCAGAAAUUAUUGGAGGAGAACGAUCCGUGUUUUACUUACUGAUGAAAAUGUUUGUGACCAGUAGCCAUUUACAACUCAAGUCAUCAACCAAGCUUCUGAUCAUAAAGAUCCUGCGGGACACGGGGGUGUUUGAGUACACGUGGAAGGAGCUGGAGCUGUGGCUGGAGCACUUAGAGGACACCGUGGAAGAGAGAAAGGAGGCCGUGAUUCAGUUUUUGGAACGUGUUUUACUGACAUUGGUGGCCAAUCCCUAUUCGUACACAGACAAAGCAUCUGACUUUGUUCAAGAAGCCAGCACACUGCAGGCCAGUGUGACAAAGCAGGACGCUGAUGACGUCAGCAUCCCCGUCUCGCACAUCGACGACGUUCUUGACAUGGUGGACGUCCUGGUGGAAGGCAGCGAAGGCUUGGAUGAGGAAAUCGGAGUGGUACUGAACGAAGACAUGGCCCUGCUCACAUUCCCGUUCAGCUCCGUGGUGCCCGCAGCCCUAGAAGCCAGGAAUAAGUUGCUCCUGGGGACAGAAAAUGCAGCAGGAGAAAGCGUCGUGACGUAUCUGACAGCAGUGCUAACGGACCUCCUGCACACCCAGAGGGACCCUCUGGCUCUGUGUCUUCUGCUCCAGGCUUAUGACAAGUCGGAGCCUCCAGUCCUACCUCGCAGCCAUCAGCUGUCCCGGUUCAACAGAUACUACAGCCUCUGGGUCCCGGAGACAGCCCGAGAGGCCUUGCCGCUUCAGACGCCGCCGGGCAGCCUGGCCCCCCAGGACCCCUCUGCCUCCUGCUUCGGCGCCCUGCUGCAGACGGCCUACGAGAGCGAGGGCGCGCUCCUGGACGAGCAAGUCCAGGAGCAGCUGCGGGCUGCCCUCCCCCGCCUCCCGCUGCACCGGGUCCUGCGCUCGGUGAAACAGGUGCUGCUGUACCUGAGGAGCACUGUGGAGGACUUCGGCCAGCUGGGCAGAAGCGCGGGGCCUCCCCGCUUGCAGCUCUUCCUGGACUUGCUCAGGUGCCUGGUCGUCCACUGUGAGCAGCUGGAUGCCCAGAACCGGCGGAAGUGCGAGGCCGUGCAGGCCGAGUCCGACCUCUUUCUGGACAUGGAGUCCAUGGCCUUGCUGGAGUUGGCCAAUGACAAGACACUGGAGGAGGUGCUCGUGGCCAUCCUGAGACAUCCCACGCUGGAGGGCUGGUACCUGGCCCUGGAGCAGCGGGCCCUUCCUCCGCACACCCUCAGCCCCAUCCUCGUGAAGCGUCUGGCGGCCCACCUGAGCGCAGGGGUCCUGCAGGUGCUGGCCGUGAGUGCCCCGAUCCUCCGCAGCAUGGGUCAGCUGGGCCUCCUGGCCAAGUACUCAGAGGCCAUCACCCAGAGCGUGUUGAAGGAGCUUCGAAACAGGAGGGCGGGCGCGGCCACCUCACCACCAAAGACCCUUCUGCAGCUGGAGGCCCUGCAGGCGCUGCAUGUGUACAUGGAGAGCGCCCAGAUCCGAGAAGUCACCUUGGCCCUGCUGAGCCUGUCCGAGGCCCACCUGGUGGCCCAGCGACCCACGAAGUCCACUGGGAAGGAGAGACGCUUGAAUGUCCUUGGCAAGACCCUGGUCCAGCUGUUGACCAGCAGCCCCCAGGAUCAGCUGCAGCAUGGGGAGCUCCUCUGGGCCGCCGAGUAUGUGAAAGGCCUGGGCGCCCUGCUCCCCACGCUGGCUGUGGAUGAGCUCGAUGCUGUGUUCUUCCACUCUCUGCAGAGAGAGCCUGUGCUGGCCCCCGUGGUCGGGGUCGACCUGCUCGACUACUGCUUGGCCCGGAGGACGCAGGCUGCCCUGGGCAUCGCUGCCCUGCUCCUGCAGUGGGGCUGUACCCACCUGCUGCGUUUUGAGCUGUGGUGCACGCAGGCUGGCACGGAGCUCUGCCUGCAGGAGGGCCUCGACGACUUUCUCCCCCUCAUCCUUGUGUACCUGCAGUACAGGACUCAGGGACAGUUCACACGUCCAGCAGGAGUGUCCUCUGCGGCCAUCCCUGUCUUGAGGAAGGCCGUGUGGAGGCGGCUGCAGACCCGGCUUCUCAGUGCUGACGGACCCCCAGAGUCAGGGCUGCAUCAGCAGAUCCUUGCCCUGCUGGUCCCGUUUGCAAGAGCCAAGGACCUUGGUGUUCUCGUGGACCGUUUGCCCAGCUUGCUUCAGACUCCAGACGGUUACAGCAGUUGGAUCGUGGCCGACGCCAUCUCAGCAGUCCUGGAAGGGUCGGCAGAAGAGCUGCGUGCCUGGAAAAAGACUCUGCUGGGGUCUUGUGUUAAGUGGCUGAUCGGGUCUUUCAGCGGUAGUCAGCAAGACAGCGACAGUACCCAGGAUCAAGAGAAGCAAAUGCUGCUGAGAUUAACUGAACUGUUGAAUUCACUUAACGAAGUUGACCCUGGUGAUUGGCAGAAAUUUGUGAAGACUGGACUCAAAUUUCGGUACCAGGACCCCGUGUUCCUGAAGGCCCUCCAUGUGGCCCUGCAGCUCCUGUAUCUUCCAGAAAGCUCCGUGCGCACCAAGCUCAUCCAUCUCCCGGUGGUCCACGUGAUGCUCACCCAGCACUCGCUGUUCCUGCCAACCCUGCUCGGGUCUGAGGACGAGGAAAACCCAGACAGUCAAGUGAAAGAGGCGCUGGUGGACCUGAUGGCGGUGGUGGUGAGGCUGUGCCCCUCUGUCUGUGAGAGCAGCCACUUUGCCGCGCUCCUCGGGGCCUAUGGUGCCACUCUCAGCAUCGUGGACCAGAAGAUUUUACUCCUCCUGCGGGCUUAUGAACAGAACCGCCUAAGCCUCAUCGACUUCAGGGUGCUGCUGUGGGGGCCCGCGGCCGUGGAACAUCACAAGACGUGCAGGAGCCUGGGCAAGUCGCUGUGGCAGCAGCCGAGCGUCGGAGACGUCCUCCGCCUGCUGGACCGGGACCGGAUGAUGAAGACCAUCCUGCACUUCCCCCAGAGCCGAAGGCUGCUGCCCCCCGAGGACUCUCAGGAACCAAUAUUCAGAGACAGGAGCACAGAGGAUCUGGAUGGCCUUUAUGACCCCUGCUUUCUCCUCCAUCUCUUCUGUGAACUGACCAGGCCAGAAUUUGUGGUGGAUUGUCGAAAGUUCUUGGAUUCAAACGCUCUGGGCCUGACUGUUGCAGCCCUCAGCAGCUAUGACCCCCAGAUGCGCGCCGCGGCCUACUACGUCCUGGCGGCCUACUACUCGCAUGUGGAGGGGGCUCGGUUCCGGGAGCAGUCCCAGGUACUUUACCUGUUGGAUGUAGUCCGCAACGGGAUCCGAACCAAGAACAUGAGACUCACCUUUACUCUGACUCUCUUCAUUGCCAAAGCAGCCCUGCAGAUUUUGAAACCAGAGGAGCACAUGUACCUGAAGGUCAACAAGUUCCUGCUGUCACAUGAGUACUUGAAUAUGAACAAGGUUCCAGGCUUCUACCAGUUCUUCUACAGCUCGGACUUGGAGCGGAACUCCGAGCGCGAGUGGAUCUUUGAAAUUCUGCGGCAGGGGAUUCGGGACAAGCACUGCUACGAACUCUAUGCCAGGCGAGGGGUCUUCCACAUCAUCCUGUCCUUCUUCAACAGCCCGUUGUGUGACCCGGUGGCACAGAACUGGGUUCUAGAAAUUCUACAGAACGCCGCCCGGGAUGCCAAGUCUGCCUAUGAGAUCCUGCGGGACUAUAGCCUUUUAACGUGGAUUUUGCAUAUCCUUGAGAGCAAGUUUCUGGAGACUCAGAUGCUCUCCAGCAUCAUCUCUUUGCUGCACACCCUGUGGAUGACCAAUCUGGGAGACAAAGGAGUGGAGUGGGGGAGCCAGCCCCCUCGCCAGCCUGCGCCCCAGGAGCCCCCGAAGCUGCUCGCCCUGCACUUGGUCAAUGAGUUCCUUUCUGUCCUCAUUGUGCUGACGAAGCACCUCAGGCCCUCCUUGGCCUCCACCCAGCUGACCAGCUUCUUUGGGGCGCUUGACUCCGUGCUGAGGUACCGGGCCACCGUCCUGCAGGCCUUCAAGGACAUGGACCGCUUCACCGUGAAUGCGACGGUGCUGUCCACCAGGGACGUCCUCAUCCUCCUGCACAAGUGGAGCCUCAUCGAGAGAGACGUCCAGCUCCAAGAGGACCUGCGAGCAGCCGUGGAGAAACACCAAGUCAAGGAGCUGCUAAAACUGCUCAGGGAUAAGAACAAGCCCGGCGUGCCAGCCCGCGCCAAAGGCCCGCGGGGCCGGAAGAGGCGGCCUGGGGAGGCAGAGGAGGCGGCCGAGCCUGAGCUGCAGGCGUCCAGCCUGGAGACCUGCAGGGGCCUCCUGAGGUCCAUAUUGACCCACUGGGGGCCAGUGUUCCCCAGCCCUGACCCCACUCAGGAGCCCGUGGACGAGGCUGCCCCCAAGAGCAAUGCACUGGGCCUUGUGAACGCCGUCGCCUCCCUGGUGGUCAGCUGGGUGCUGCGGUCACUGGCUGAGCACCCGCUCGGCAGGGCAGAGGCUGCAGGACUCCUUGGCUGGCUUAAGAGCUACAUUUUGCCCCAGCCGGUGCUCGUGGCUGACCUUCUCAAGGACAGCACCGUGAAGAGUGGCCUGUUUAAGCUGUACAGCCAGCUCUGCGGAGCCGAGGGGCUGCUGGGGUCCGCGCAGAGUUUGGCCUGCCUGUUCAACAUGGUCAUGCUGCGAUUGGUAGCGGCCCUGGGCCCCCCGAGGAGCCCCUUCCACCCGGCAGUCGAGACCCUCUGCCUCUCUUCCCUGAACAAGAAGGAUGAAGCCACGCAAGCUACCGCGGCGUUCCUGGUGUCUCUGUACAUUAAGGACAUCUGGCUGGGGGCCCAGCGGCCAGACACCCUCUUAACCCACGUCCAGAUGAUCUGUGAUGCUGCAGAGGAAGUGCUAAGUGGCGACGAGGAGGCUGUCAUUGUGCUCUGCAGGGACAUCGCCUCCCAGGCCCCAGACAUGUGACGCCCUGCCGGCUGGUGCCUGCAGCACCAGGUUCCAGAAGUUUGAGUCACUUUCCAUGGAAGGCAUGCAAAUGACAAAUUCUGUCUAUUGACUCAGUUUCCUGACAAGAAAAGUUGACUUUAUUUAAUUCACAAAUAAAUCAGCUCAAGGGCCUGUGUGUAGAAGUGGUCAGAGUUAUAGUGGGGGGGGGGGGGUCCUUUGGGGCCAUGAGGCCCCUCCAGUGUUCAGUCAGGCUGACCCUUCCACUCAGAGGUUUGUGGAUCAAAGGAAGUACCUCAAAUUGAGGUAACACGCCUGAGCACUUAACAGAUUUGUGGACAUUAAAGCCAAAGUGUCCAAAAAUGUAUUAGGUAAGAGAGCAUGGCGAGAGUUGUGAAGGUUUCCUUUCUGUAUGAAGUCACAACAGAGCUUUGGAUAACUUUUUAAACUCAUAAGCACCUGCCAGUGUUUGUUAGUUAUUUUAUGAAAUAAAAGGAUGUUACAUCAAAUCCAUAAAGUAUAAAAUUGAUUUGACUUCUGCUUUUCAAAGGCAGCCUGUAUUUUUAAAUUGUGUUUUAAAGAGGGGGUUUUGAAUUUUAUAACUUAUUAAUAAAUGUCUAUUUUUGUUA